AUGGAGGAAAGUAGUCAGACAGUCGAUCCGGACGGAUUCUACUCAACAACAUCAGGUACCUAUGAGGAAGCGCAACCGGUAGUGGCGAGAAAUGUCCCCUUUGCUCAUACAGUCAGGACAGAAACAGCAACCGCUCCAGAGGACACCUGUUCAACGCCAUCAGGUGUUUAUGAAAAAGCACAGCUUGUAAAACCAAGUAACGUCCCCACCAACAAAACAAUUGUGCUAAGAGCAGAAACAGCGGCUGCUUCAGAAGAGUGUUACUCAACACCAUCAGGUAUUUAUGAAGAACCACAAUCCGUGAAGCCAAGCAAUAUUUCCACCAACCAAAUAGUCACUCUGAGAGAAGAAACAGUGGCCGCUUCAGAAGAUGUCUACUCAACAUCAUCGGGUGUUUACGAAGACCCGGAACUGGUAGUGAUGCGUGAUGUUGUCCCUGGCCAGGCUGGCAGAGGAGGAACUUCCGUGACUGGACGAAACCGAAGCAUAGAGCAAGUCGCUGAUCGCACUGGUUCCUCAGCUGACCCUUCAGAUGAGGAGCCAGCUCCUCACGACCGAAUUCGUCCUUUCCUCUCCCACCGUAUGGGGGUUUGCCUUGUCAUCACGUGCGUUGCUGUGGCCGCCAUGUUGUUUGGAAUCUUCAUCGAGAAUACAACUGAAGAAGAUAACCUACAGAGCGUCACUUUUGGCGGGAGAGGAUCAGGACCAGGACAAUUCGCUCGUCCUACUGGAGUUGUCGUCUCGUCUACGAACGAGAUCUUCGUGGCUGAUCACGACAACCAUCGGGUACAAGUCUACAGCAUGGAGGGCGCUUACCUUCGUCAUUUCCCAACUACUAUGCCGGGAACGGUGGGUCAAAUGCUGUCACCAGAAGAUAUCGCCAUAGACAACAACGAUAACCUGUGGUUGGUGGGGACGAUGGUGUUGGUUGGCGACUUUGUUGUACAAUACAGCAGGUACGGCCAAGGGUUGUCAACGUUUGAGAUCCCACGCGACACAAGCUUCCAUGGAAUCGCCGUGGACCUUCGGAAUGGCCACGUUAUUGUGACGAGUCAGACCAGUGGCAAGGUGAUGAUAUUUCAGCCGGACGGCUCGCUGGUGCGGACGUUUGGUGGACAGUAUUCCGAAGUUUCACGUUACGUCGCCGUCAACAUAGAUGGGAACAUUCUGAUGUCAUGGAGCCGCUUCAUACACGUGUAUAGCGAGACAGGACAGUUCCUGUUCAGUUUUACAGGCCCAGGAAGUAGGCACAUGAAUGCCAUGGGCAUCUGUACGGACAGCUCCGGCCACGUUCUCGUAGCGGAUCGCCAGCACAAGCGGGUGUCGAUGUUUACAAGCAGCGGUCAGUUCGCUCGCCACGUGGCCACUGGACUGAAAAUGGUGAGGUAUGUUGCCGUGGGAACAGAGGGACAGCUGGUGGUGAUUGAUAUCGGUGAUAACACCGUUACUGUCUACCCGAGUUACUGAUAAGCCUGCAUUUGAGGAGGGUCCUUUGACGUAGAGCGUAA